AUGACGCGGCUUACUAUAAGCUGUGAGAAGAAUACAACUGCCAAGGAAAUAGAGGAAGCACAAAUUCCUUACUACUUUCAGUAUAAUACGGUUGAUUAUGAAUUAAAGAAUUGUAUGAUAUUGCCGGAAAUAUUGAGGCGCGCAAAUAUUACCUACUCAGGUACUAUCAGAUUCGAAGACGCUUUACCUGUUCCUGCGCGUGUUUUACACAAUGCGGUGGGUUUGCAGCGGUUGUACUUUCGUUUGUAUGUGAAUAGCAACGCAGUGGACAUAUUGCCCGCAAAACUUUUUCACAAUCAAAGCGCAUUGGAAACGCUUGAGUUAGAACUCUUUUGUGAGCUUUAUGAAGUAACACUACCGUCGCAAAUAUUCCAUACGCUCUACGGGCUGAAUAAGCUUGUAGUGGGCGCUCAUAGAAGAAAUCAGGGGUUGCUGCGUAAUUUGACAGCGGCACAUUUUCGUGAUACAUCGAAUUUGCGUAAAUUAAAUUUACUGGGUAAUUACAUGCAAACAUUGUCAAGUGAACUCUUUGUCACACUAACCGAGUUAAACGAAUUGAAUUUAUCAUGGAAUGGCUUGGCGGCACUGCCGAGUGGUUUACUGCGCGCGCAAGGAAAACUGAUAAUUCUUGAUCUUUCUUUCAAUCACUUGCAUGCGCUGCCACCGGGCAUCUUUAAUACCACUCCGCUUUUGUGGAAGCUUGAUUUGAGCGGAAAUCAAUUUAGUGUGCCUACAAAUAUUAUUGCUGCUGUUCAACCACUGCGCUUUCUCUAUCGAUUAAUUUUGAGCUACAAUAAAUUCGCGCACAUUGCGGGCGCAGGUGAGUUUGAGAAUUAUACAUUACUCUCACGUCAGCACAUUAGAGAAAUUGAUGCAACGCCACCUUAUUUCCAAGACUAUUCGGAGCGGCUGUCGAGUAUAUGGUAUUCGGAGAAAUGCAGUAGGACACUAAUCGAUCUAAGUUAUAAUAUGAUCGAAAGUUUUCAUUUACGUGAUAUCAAUGCUGACGUGAGAUGUCCCUAUGAGCUCGAUUUCACAAAUAAUCAAAUAAAGCAAAUAUACGCUUUAAGUCAUCCUUCGCCUAAUUAUGGUGCGUAUAAGCCUAAAAUAUUAUUACAGCACAAUCCACUGCAAUGCGACUGCACCAUAUCUUUGAUCGACUGCACAAACAUAUUGAUGGAGACUGAUGAGAUGUGUAAUUUGCACAAUCAUAGCUAUUUGAUUAGGAAUCGUGCUAUUUGCCCUUGGAUGCCAAAGUUUUGUCCCACCGGCUGUAAUUGCCACUAUGACACGCGCACGCUGUACAUCAACUGUUCACACGCGCAUUUGGAGGGCCUUACAGAGUUGCCGCGCCCAGAGCAGGUUUCUUUAACGCAGAGUAGACUUGAUAUUACGCACAAUAAUUUUUAUAUGUUACCUUCGAAUGCGACCUUCGGUUAUGCCAAUGUAACGCGCUUAUAUGCGGCACACAAUCGCCUAGAGAAUAUACAAAGCGCGCACUUGCCGCCCCAAUUGGAAGUACUUGAUGUGCGCAACAAUAGUUUGGAGCGCUUGAGCGACGGUUUUAUACAAUACUUUCUCAAUGAGAGCGCCACUUUGCGGCAGCUUUAUCUCUCUGAGAAUCCUUGGCUCUGCGACUGUGACGCUAAGCAGUUGCUGAACGCUGUGCGCACGCAUCGUAAGCGCAUACCCGAUGUGACGCUCUUGGUUUGCGCCAAUCUAGAGAAUACCAGUUUGCAGGAAGCGCGCUACGAAGAUGUAUGUGUGCCUGAAUCGAUGCACUUGGCGUGGUUACUUUUCAGCAUAUCGCUGGUAAUUAUAGUGUUCAUUAGCUUAUUUGGGCUUUGCUAUAAAUACAAGUUGGAGCUUCACGUGUGGCUGUAUGCGCACGGUGUGUUUCUCUGUUGUAUACGCGAGCAUGAGUUGGACAAGGAGAAAACAUUCGAUGCAUUCAUAUCGUAUGCCCAUCAAGACGCACGUUUUGUUAAUGACAUUCUAUUGCCCGGUCUCGAGCAGGGUGAACCACAAUUUAGCGUGUGCACGCAUGAGCGCAAUUGGUUGGCGGGCGCCUAUAUACCCGAACAAAUUAUUGAGUCCGUCGAUCAAUCGCGUCGUACGAUUAUUGUCCUCUCACAACAUUUCAUCGAAUCGGAUUGGGCGCGCAUGGAAUUUCGUACGGCGCAUCAGUGCGCUUUGAAUGAGCGACGCUCGCGCAUAAUUAUAAUAAAGUAUGGUGAGCUUACAGACGUGACGAAGCUCGAUAAGGAGUUACGCGCCUAUUUGACUAUGAACACCUACUUGGAGUGGGUAGAUCAUCCAUGGUUUUGGAAUAAGCUGCGUUAUGCAAUGCCACAUCGCAGGGGAGAGGUGCGCAGUGCCGGCAUGCUUGAGUUGAAUGAACGUCGGAGAGCUUAUGUUAUUGGCGAUGUGGAGCGGAAUACGUUGGGUGAACUGGAGGAAUAG